AUGAAGAGGAGGGGAAAAAGAAGAAAAAGAAGAAUAAGAAGAAAAAGAAAAGAAGAAGAAGAAGAAGAAGAAGAAGAAGAAGAAGAAGAAGAAGAAGAAGAAGAAGAAGAAGAAGAAGAAGAAGAAGAAGAAGAAGAAGAAGAAGAAGAAGAAGAAGGAGGAGAGAAGGAAGAAGAAGAAGAAGAAGAAGAAGAAGAAGAAGAAGAAGAAGAAGAAGAAGAAGAAGAAGAAGAAGAAGAAGAAGAAGAAGAAGAAGAAGAAGAAGAAGAAGAAGAAAGAAGAAGAAGAAAGAAAGAAAGAAAGAAAGAAAGAAAGAAAGAAAGAAAGAAAGAAAGAAAGAAAGAAAGAAAGAAAGAAAGAAAGAAAGAAAGAAAGAAAGAAAGAAAGAAAGAAAGAAAGAAAGAAAGAAAGAAAGAAAGAAAGAAAGAAAGAAAGAAAGAAAGAAAGAAAGAAAGAAAGAAAGAAAGAAAGAAAGAAAGAAAAAGAAAGAAGACG